AUUUCUCGUAAGCCAUCGUCGGCUACAAUACCGGUCGGAAUAGCUAUCGCACAGCAGAGGACUUCCCCGAAGACUAAAUCGCCCACAGAUUCCGCUUCAAACGCAUCACAACCUCUCAAACCAAUUCUUCCAACGCUAUCAUUACCAGUGAUGGCCAACAGUCCCAUACUUAUAACAGAUUCCCCCCCAGCCGGCACUUCCCUUUGGAUUAAGCCGACCCCCAACUCUACGCUCUCUAACAAUAACUCCAUUCAAAACAACUCUCAGUUCUCGUUCUCCGGCGACUACCAGUUGGCCAGGGAUUCACUGACAGGACACCUGUAUCUGUUUCGCAAUUCUUCAUCGCUUCCAACGACUCCGACCACAACCCCAAAGCCGUCGUCGAUAAUACCGCCGAUGAAUAUGAAAAGUAGCGAACAUUCAGCCAAAUCGAGUCCGUCAACGAUCAUAACAGUGCCGGUCGGCCCCACACAACCCCAACAAUUCUUUGCCAGUUUAGGCCAAACACAGGCCUCAACACUAAUACUCGACACCACAAACAGCGCACCAAUAGUUCAAAUCGCGGCCACAGCGCCCGUCACGACAGUAAUGGCCGGCAUUAAUGCCAAUCAAACGCCUAAUUUUGCAUCCAAUCGAUCGUUGGAUUCUAAGCCCAAAGCGGCCAUCAAUGGCACCAUUAGUCACAACAUCGCAAACAACAACUCAGCGAAUGUGGAGCGCGGCUGUCAGGCCUCCAUCAGCGACGAUGAGCUCUCCUCCGACCACAUGAAGACAACCGCCACUCAGGUGGACAUGGAUUACAUCCAUUCUUCCGAAGAAGAUGACGAUAACGACGGAAAGCGCCAUAAAUUGAUGCUAUUUAGUGAACGCAAGCAAAGAACUACUCAAAGAAGUUCGUCAGUCGAUGAUAACGAAGACGAGUCCAGUCGUGAUUCCAUUCAAUUGCAAAUCGUGGACGAGUUGGCCGCCGAUGAACCGCCACAACUGCCCGUCAAAUCAGCGCCAGUCAUGCAAUUCAUAGAUCAUCACGGGUUGGAUCUGUUGGUCGACUCGAUCGAAGAGUUUGCCGCUCGCGAGGAGACCAACCCAUCGACCAGUGAUUUGCCGGUCAAUGGCCUCCAACUACUGAGCACUUUGGCUGAGCAGAGGUCUCGCGAGGAGCGGUUGAGCGGCGACGACAGUCCUCUGCGCCGACAUUCUGUUGAUUCCAGUAUUACUCUCAAUGGUCUCAAUAAUAAUGACAAUGAAGUGAAGAGUAGUGUCUUUGUAUUACCAGUUAAGAAGAGACAGAGAUCUGAGUCUUGUUUUACGACAAAUCCCAUCAGUUAUGACGACAGCCACCAAACAUUGAGUGAUAUUAAGAAACUGAUGAGAACUUCCGGUUCUCAGACGGAUCUCUUUGACCGAAGAAUGAAACCAUUAAAUGACAAGAAUUUUGCGAAUUUAAGGCGAAGUGAACGCAUUUUCAUCAACGAUUCCUUCGUCUCCAGUCCUAAAGAUGGGAACAGUUAUGAUGUGAAUAAAGAGUCGAUUGAAGAUCAAAGAAAAGACAGUUUUGAUAAGAAAUCCAGUGAACAUAAGGAUAAGAAGAAGAAAAAGAAGUUGUUCUCCACUUUUGGUUCCAUUGGUUCCGCUCUUAAUAGCAGUUCUUUGGGUUCAAUAAACAGUGAGAAAAAAGUUAAGAAACGAAAGAAAAAAUUGGGAGAAGUGUUGGAACAGAAGAAGAGAUUGAAAACAGAUUACGACAAACAGAUUGAUGACAGCAUUGAGAGUACAAUCAAAAAAGUGUCACAAAUUGGGGAGAAGAGCAGCAGUGAGUCUACGGCUGACCACAACUCCUCUAUCGUUAGAGUCAACAAAACGAUGGUUGAGAAUAACGAUUGGAAUUCAUGUGUGGAUUCAAAAGGAAGUGAUGAACAAAGAGAUGAAUCCAAGAAGAAGAGGCCGUUAUUUAAGCCAUCGUUUGAUUUAUACGAUACAAAACGUAUGAAAUUAUUGGAUGAAACCAUUGAUGAGAUAAUUGCCAAAGAGUUGGUUACAUCAGGAGAUGGAGAACAAAUCGAUGAACUCAGAGAUUUAGAUGUGAUCUCAUCUGAAAUGAAUGAUGAAAAGCCAAAAACGUCUGAAUCGAAGACUAUAUCGACUCAGUCUUCAGAAACGACUCCAUCGAAGCCAACACAAGAGCCGCCAAAACACAAGCCAUUAGUGAAACAAACGUCGAGCUGUUCCACAAUCUCUUCUACGUCUUCCUCGAUAUCUUCAACGUCUGGUUCAUGUCUGCUAUCAAACCCAGCGUUGAAUUUGAAACUUUCAGAAAGCGAUUUGGAUUUGAAACUCAAUGUCAUUAUGUUAGUCGACGGCUUACUAUUUGUGGGAGAGAUCUGUCCCAUUCAGGCGCCAGACAUCUAUGGCAUUACACUUCACGGCGAACGACAGCACCGGCCUAUCAUUUACUCUCAGGAAGAGAUGCUUCGCGAAGCCAUUCGUGAGGUAAAGCCAUCAUUGGAUGACUUGGAAGAAGGGCAGAGGGUUUGCGCGUAUUGGUCCACACAAUACCGACACCUAUACCCGGGUUAUGUGCGCUCCUCUUCCCCGCAUCCAAACCUAGUGUUCGUUGAGUUCGAUGACGGAGACAACGGACGCAUUGCUGUCGACGACAUUCGACUCCUUCCACAGGAAUACCCGCAGAUGAAGAUCAAUGCGGAUCCGCUCAAGAACUUAGAG